UUGAGUCGCCAUCGCAUCAUUGCUUUGUACGCCCCCUUGGAGCGCGCUGACCGAAGGGGUCCCGGUGGAGCCGCCCGUGGCUGCCCCCGCCUCGCUCGCCAGCGGGACGGCCCGGGCGCAGGUUGUGUACGAGGUAACUGGAGCAGCCCACAGGCCGGCGGGGCUCCGCGGCUCCGGUUACCCGCGCCGAGUGGGCUGUGCUGGACGGGAGUGGCACGGAAGAGCCGGCCAGGAGCGGGGUCACCGGGAGCGCGGUGGUCCCGCAGGUACACCGCACCGGAGCUACCUGGUACCGGCGGCGUGACCCGGGUCCCGCUGAUACCUGCUUGUCUCUCAGUGCUUCUAAGAAGAUGUCCAGUGCAGAUCCCCUCACAAAUACAGAGAAGGAGACCAUUAUGGGCCCUCAUGGAAUAAAUCGAGCUGUUCACCGCAUCUCUUUCUCUGAUUGCCAGAAUGGAUUAGGAGUUAAAAUUAUUGGAGGUUAUCGGGCACAAACAGCAGAAGAUUAUGGGAUUUUCAUAAAGAGAAUUCUACCUGGGGGCGUGGCUGCUACAGACAGCCGUUUGCUCACUGGGGACCUAAUUCUGGAUGUCAAUGGAGAAAACCUGGUUGGAGUAACAAAUGAAAGGGCUGUUGACAUCUUGAGAACAGCCUCAGCCUCUAAUCACAUGUCUCUGCUCGUUGCUAGAGAUGAAGAAGCAAAGAAAGAAUUUCAUGACCUAAUGGAUAAGUAUGGCUCUCACAGUGACACAGCCUCUGCAAGAACUUCUCCAACACAUCAUUUAGCUGCAAAAUCUAGAGACAGCCUUUCUUCUGGAUCAUCCUCAAGGUCACAGAGUCCUCAGCUGCAGUUGAAGGAUAACAUCACCAGCAGCAGCAGAAAUAAUUCUGUGCCACCACCAUCUCCAAAGCUUCCAAAUGACAGUGCAUUUCAGAUUAUCUCUGUUUGCAAAGGAACAAGCCUAGGUUUGAAUAUUGUGGGAGGAAUUAACAGAAAUGAAGGCCCUUUGGUAUAUAUUCAAGAAAUUAUCCCUGGUGGUGAUUGCCAUAAGGAUGGUCGAUUGAAACCUGGGGAUCAGCUUGUGUCCAUCAACAAAGAGUCCAUGAUUGGAGUCUCCUAUGAAGAGGCAAAAAGUAUAAUCAACAGAACAAAGAUGAGGUUUGAAAAUUUUUGGGAGAUAGCUUUUAUUAGGCAGAAAAACAUACAGAGUUUUCCACAGAAUCUGCAGCAUCCUUUCAGCCUCUUAACAUCUUCUGUAGCACAUGGAGAGCAACAGGCUGCAGCACUUGGUCCUCUUCCCUCUCCUACUGGGAGGCUGCUUUCACCAUUCCCUCCAGAUGCUAUGGAAACUGGAGUCAAGAUGGGAGAGCAAUCUCCAAUUACUGCUCUAGACAGCAAUCCUGCUGAUGUGUCUGCCACGGUUAUUGCCCCCAGCCAGAAUGAUGAUUAUGAGCCCCAAGGAAAGAACUUGAGUAUUCAUCUCAAAACAGAAAAGCUGGAGAGGGCACUGAAUUAUCUUGGGAUUCAGCUCACAGAUGAACAGCAGCAAGCCCUAAGGCAGCAACUUCAUAAAGAUUCUAAAGGAACAGUGUCUUUUGGAGAUUUCAUUGAAGUUUCAAGGAAUCUGUUGUCUGUGCAAUCAAAUGAAGCUGAUGAUGGCCACAAAUCUGAAACCUUUGGGAUGGGUGAAGUUGCCAGCUUACAGGACUCACAGUUUGUAACCUGUGAUUCCUUGGAGGAUGAUGUGGAAAAACUUAAGAAAGAAAGAAAUGAAGCUUUAAAAGAAAUUAGCAAAUUAAAGGAAGAACUGUCUGAAUCUGUGAACUUACAGAAGCAGUUGGCAGAGCAGCUUCAAGUAGUCAAGCAAGAAGCCAAGGCAGCCGUGGAGGAGACGCGAGCCCUGCGCAGCAGAAUUCACCUUGCAGAGGCUGCUCAGAGGCAGGCCCGGGGCAUGGAGCUGGACUAUGAGGAGGUGAUUCGCCUCUUGGAGGCUGAAAUUGGAGAGCUGAAGGCUCAGCUCACUGAGCAUUCUGGCCAAAAUAAAGAGAGCAUUCACGACUUGAGAAAGAGGGUUACAGUGCUUGACUGCCAGCUGCGGAAAUCCGAGUCGGCCAGGAAGACCUUUGAGGUGGCCACUGAAAAAUUGCUACAAUUUGUAGAGGUUGUGCAUGAAAUACUUUCAGAUAACUCUACUUCCUCAACAAUUUUAAGUGACAGGAGGACGUUGUCCACUAAAGCACUUCUGGCUCGGCUGGGAAGGGUCGGACCCACUGUCACAGCAGCUCUUGCAGCAGAAGCCAGGGACCUUGCCAAGUCUGUCCGUGCCAUUCUGGAAGUAGAUUGUCUGCCUUAUGGAUGGGAAGAAGCUUAUACAGCUGAUGGAAUCAAAUAUUUUAUCAACCACGUGACACAGACCACGUCCUGGAUCCACCCCGUGACGAGCGCCCUGAGCUUGCUGUGCUCCGAGGAGGAGGAGGAUGGCAUCAGAGACCCCAAGAGCUGAGGACAGCUGUGCACACAGAGGAGUCGGUCUGGUUUUAGUCCCUUAGUGAGCAGAUGCACCGGUUUUAAUCUACCUGCUUUCUAGUGUGAUGUAGUAGUAGCUGGUGACAUUUCUCCUCAUCGAGCUGGAGGAAGUUCUGCUGGUUUUGAGGUGGGUUUGUUGAUGUGUGCUACAAAGGAUGCAGGUGCCACAGGAUCAGUCUCACCUUAGGGCCCAGUCCCAUCUUUUCAUGAUUUCCCCACGGACCCAUCAUUUCCCUGACCUGGAGCAGAAUUUUCCAGGUCAGCUGAAAUUUUCACAGCUCUGAGCAACUUGAGAUUUAAGGUGGGACCACUGGUGGUAGAUUCCAGAUUCCAUUCCACUGAUGGUUGACUGAGAGAUGCAAAGUGAGGUGGGGUUUUGAACCAAAGUUAGUGAGAAUAAUGGAGAUAAUUUAACUGCAAACUCAUAUUUCUAUGGGAAAAAUCUUCAAAUAAGUUUUGCUACUAGAAAUUCAGUGAUUUAUUAUGAAUAUUGGAGCCCUGAUGACUUUUUAAACAAAUACUUACUAAGAUUGGUUGUUGCGAUUUAGAAAAUGUGUCUUUGAUAAGUUGUCAAGUAAAAAGAAAGUUUUCAUAGAGGACAUCAUACUCUGACAACAAUAUGAGGCAAUAUGAAAAUUAUUCUACUUUUGUGCUCUGCUAAACCGAUACAGACACACAUCAAAUACUUCAGUGGAAGCUGUGAAGUUUCAAGUACAAUGAAACCUGUGAAACCACCUCCAGGAUCAGCAGAAAUCAGUCACCUCCUCAGAACUGGUCUUUUAAGUAGAACAAAAUCAUUUUGUACACAUCAGUGAUGUUUUAAAGAGGAUAAAGAAAAUGAUGGGGGGUGCAAGUUAAUGAACAGGUUUCUGUGUACCUCAAUAGCACAGGAUAUUUUAAAUCUCAUUAUUCACAGCACAAUGUCUGAUGUCAGCUUUGUCAAAUGUAUGAUUCUGUGCUGCAUUUUUCUGGAGGCUCUUUCUAUGUGUGUUGUGUAUAUAAUGGUGGGUGUUACUAAUGAAUGAGACAGACCUGAACCUGCAGGAGCACCGAUGGAUAUGCCAAAGGAAAUCUCUAUCUCUGCUUCAGUCCAGGAGGGAGAAGGGGAUUGUGGCAGUGUGAGGAGGGCACAGGCUGCAGUCACAUUUGGUCAGGUCUGUCUUCAGCAGGUGUGGCAUUGGAGUUAAGAAUCCUUGUCCUCUGAGGAAUGAAUAUGAAAACCAGACUCACUCUCAGUUCUGGUGCCUUGACCAUGCUCUCUGUCCUCAGCAGUGCAGAGCUGUGCCAGGUCAGGCUCCCUGGAACAGUUGAUCCUUUUGAACCAAAAUAAUUCACCUUUUUUUGAAAU